UCUGGUCUGGGUAUAUAGUCAGCUUAUGAAGUUUUAGUUCAAGUUUUCAAAUAUAUAGAGCCAUGAGUUUUGUUUUUCGAGGAGCAAGAGGUGAUAUAGAAAAUGGGUUUCCAGGAUUUAUGCCUGAGAGGCGUGCAUUGCGUGUUCAUGCAACACGUCCUAGUAAUUCCAACUCACUCACUUUUCUCGUAACAGUUCUCCUGUUAUUCAUGAUACUGAACUCCCACCAGAUGUCACCAAAUUUUCUGCUCUGGCUAGUGCUUGGUGUUUUUUUGAUGGCUACAAUGCUAAGGAUGUAUGCGACAUGUCAACAGCUUCAAGCCCAGGCCCAAGCUCAUGCAGCAGCAGCCAGUGGCCUUCUUGGCCACACAGAACUACGGUUGCAUAUGCCUCCAUCGAUAGCACUUGCAAGCCGAGGGCGUCUGCAGGGUCUCAGACUUCAGCUGGCACUUCUUGAUCGGGAGUUUGAUGAUCUAGAUUAUGAAACUUUAAGAGCUCUGGAUUCGGAUAAUGUUUCUACUGCACCUUCUAUGACUGAAGAAGAGAUAAAUGCUCUUCCAGUUCACAAAUACAGGGUUUCUGUUCCCCAAAAUGUAGGAAUGCUAAAGUAUUACAGAAGCCAAGUUGCCAACAUAAGUAGUUCCUUAGUGCCACAAGUAUCGCCAUCCACUUCCGCUGAGAAAACGCAGGAUAAUUCAAAUGCGGCUGGAAACUCAAAAGCCUCAGAUGAUGAUCUCACCUGCAGUGUAUGCUUGGAGCAGGUUAAUGUUGGAGAUGUACUUCGUAGCUUGCCCUGCCUGCAUCAGUUUCAUGCUAAUUGCAUUGAUCCUUGGUUGCGGCAACAAGGGACGUUGGAAUUAAUUCAAAAUAUAUAUUCUCGCAACAAACUAGGAGUCUUUUUUGGGAAGUUUCCACCUUUUAGGGAGAGUUUGUUAUUUAGUUCCAAAUCAUUCAGUUAUAUAUACAAUUGA